AUGUUGCGUCAACCCAAUUCGCCGUGGGCCGCGGAUGGCGAUUUUACCGUGAUGCUAGGGGGUUCUGGAGGUCGAUCGAUGACCUAUUUCAACUUCUUUUGCUGUGCGCUACCAGCGCGUGCCUGCUCGGCUGCUUUUACUUGGGAAUCUUCAAAGAAGUUUUGGUUUAGCUUGUUGACUGUCUCGACAUUUUGCGCCAAAGUCCUCCAUAUCUACGCCCAUAUCGACUCCGUCAAGACGAGGAAGUUGUUCCUAUGGGGUCCUACAUUCUUUGUUCAAGACGCGAUUUUCCUUUUGAUAGUUUUUGCGCUCACUAGCAACUUCCAAUGGAGAUGGCUGCGCUAUGCGGCUUCCACGGCGAUUAUACUGGGGACAUUGAUCCUUUCCACUAUGGCCGCCGCGAAUACUUCGUUCUACUUCACCACCGGCGCUGAAAUUCACUGGCGACAAGCAGGCGGCUUCAACCGCGACCCGGCUUCGAUCAAUACCCUGCUCACUGGAUUGACUGGCCUGGUUAUUGUCGAGGUUCUAUAUAUCGUUGCGGCUGGCUUGACAACACCUUGGAUCUACAACGGCAUGGAAUCGAUGAUCUCAAUCUGGGGCUCAAUGAUCAAGGCUAUUUUCAAGCCCAUUGGACCGUAUGCGACAGCCGGAAUGAACAAGAUUAUUAGUCGAUGGGGCAAGGGUCGGGAGGUUAUGGAGAGAAUGAAGAUUUACGAGCCAGUGCCAUUGAGCGACUACGACGAGGAGGAAGACAAAGGUACGCCUAGCGGUGCGCCAUUGCUCGAUCACCCACCGCAAGUCAUUGAGAACAGGCGCUGGAAUCUCCAUUGGGCAAAGAGCGUUGAUUGGAAGCGCGAUAUUGCCUGGAAACUCUGGUUGAAGCGCGCAUUGGUAGUUUUCCCUACUGCGUACAUUUUCUUCGUCCGCUUGCUCCGCCCUUCAAAUUCGUCCUACUGGUUCCUUUCCCAGACGGUCAUUAUCGCCCCAUUCGCGGGCGUCGAUUCUGAAAACAAGCUCGCUCAUAUGUUCAAGGAUCGCACCUUGGAUGGUAAGACGACUGCUCUGACUGCAGUCCCGGAGUUCGACUGGUUUCCCAAGGGCAAGUUCCCUGGUUUCCGCGACUGGGAGGAUCGAUCUCGGUACUCACACUAUAACUCGACCGAAGACCCUCUGCACAUCUCUAACCUCGGCCUGGAUAUUUUGACGCCUAUCAAGACUGCGCUCGAUAGUGGCGAUGUCAAGAUCAAGCACAUCUUCCUCUUCAAGAUGGAGAGUACUCGCUAUGACGUCUUCCCUCUCCGAAAUAAUACCUACUUGUGGGAUCGAAUCCAGAAGUCUUAUAAGGAUAAGAAGGUCCCUAAGGACGUACUGGGUCGUCUUGUCAAUCUGACCCGCACUGCCGAACGCAUCACUGGAUCGCAUUCCGGAUUCGACCGAAAUGAGACGAUUAAGCCCUACGGAGGUAUCAAUCUGCACAAUUCUUACACCGGCGGAACGUUUACCUUGAAGAGCAUCGAGGCAACCACCUGUGGUGUUGAGCCACUAGUCGUUGAUUUCAACCAUGAGUACGAGCACCACAUCUACCAACCGUGCAUGCCUCAUAUUCUCGACAUGUUAAGCGCGACUACAAAUAACAGCAAGAGCGAUGACUUUGCCGACUGGCCCUGGCGUCCUGCAUUUAUGCAGUCGAUCACCGAUACCUACGACCAUCAGGACCGCCUUACUCCCGCCAUGGGCUUCAGGCCCGAAAACACCGUGACUGUGGAGUCUAUUGACGAGGAGCGCGCUAACGACACUUCGUGGACCGCGGAAAAGUUCAACUUCUGGGGAUACCCUGACUCUUCACUCGCUGUCUACUUCAGAGAGGCUAUUGAGAAGGCUGAGCGUGAUCAUGAGCGUCUGUUCUUGACGCAUCUUACUGGCAUCACGCAUCACCCCUGGGACACACCGAAUGGAACGUACGAUGAGCUUAUCGGAUCUCAGUCUAAUGCCUUUGGUGGCAAGAAUGACGGCCUGAAUCGCUAUCUUAAUACCGUUGGGGUGAAUGACCGCUGGUAUGAGGAAUUUUUGGAUAUUCUGGAGGAGACUGGCGUGGCGAAUGAGACUCUCAUUGUGAUGACUGGCGACCACGGUCUGUCACUUCCUGAAGAUGGCAAUGUCACUCCUUACGAUAAUCCUCUGGAGACCAACUUCCACGUCCCUCUGAUCUUUGCCAACCCACGUCUUCCAACCAUCCAACUCAACGCCUCCGUCUCGUCUGUGCAAAUCCUCCCCACAAUCCUCGACCUCCUCAAAAGCUCCGGCUCCCUCGACAAAUACAGCACCCGCGCUAUCAGCGAUCUCCUCCCUAUGUACGAAGGCCAAUCUAUCCUCCGCCCAAUCAUCACCCACAAUGACAAAACGCCUUACUACCAAUUCACCGUCAUGAACACCGGCGGCUCAAUGGUCGCCAUGCGCUCCGCAGAUGCUCCCUACCGGCUUAUUGUCCCUCUGGUUCCAGAGGUGGAAUUCCGCUUCACAGACCUCAGUCGGGACCCGCAAGAAGAAAAAGCCAUCAAGGCAUUUGACUUCAAGUCUUUCCAGAAGGCUGUUGAAGAAGAACAUGGUGAAAAGGCCGCGAAGUGGGUGCAUCAUGCUGCGCGGGCUGCGCAGUGGUGGGUUACUGAUAAUUGGAACCGGUAUGAGUAUAACCCGCGGAUUCCGAAGAAGCCUCAUCAGUCGUGGCCCAGCACGCACAAGGAGGGUUGA